GGUUCUCAUGUUGACUCAACUUCGAAUGAUAAAUUCAGAUCCGGCGUCCUUAUCUUUCUUUGUCCUUUACUUCCACCAUCUCUAUCCAACGUUCACAUUAUUGCGUGAACCUAUGAACUGAGCUUCUUCCAACAUCACCACGGCUUUUUAAGCAAAAAUGCAAGGACAAUUUUCUACUACUCCUCAAAGAUCUCAACGUAUGAACUUCACCCCAGAGCAGCGCGCUCUCCUCAUUACAGCUAUAGAAGAAAAAUAUUAUCCAACCGACGACACAAUUCAACAGUUAGCAAACGACUUUCACAUAAGCUGUCAUCAAAUCAGAAUCUGGUUUUGUAAUCGACGGCAACAAAUGCGAAGGAAUAAAAUUCGCGCAAAAUUUCAAGACUUAAAAUCACCCAAAGACUCAACACUUUCCCUGCCUCCGGAAAACUUGAACCCCAACCUCGAACAUUCACAUCCCACACUCGAAGAACCGACAUUUCUUCCUUCUCCGGAACACCUGAACCAAAGAAUCAGUCAAUCGAAUCCUCCCUUACAGCGACACAAGCCCGACGAUCCAUCUGACGAUGACAUCCUUCCCUCUAUAUCAUCUAUUUUUCCCGACAUUAUUAACAAAAACGAUAUUAGUGCUACACCUUUUGUAUCUUCCUCUGUCCAGACUUCCACACGUCGACCAAAACAAAUGCCAUAUUCUUUACCACCCAUCACAUCUUUAUUACAAUCCAUUCCUCUUACUCCACCAACCAAGAACUAUAACUACAGCUUUCCUAUGCCCAAAUAAAAUUCUUUUCCUCCUCUGUACCUAAAUGAACCAAAUUGUAACACAAAUCUGUUGCAAAUAUUUUCGAAUUGAUUUGUCCUUCACUCUCGAAACUAUCCAAAUCGCGAUGAACCCUUUCAGAGUCGGGGAUUGCCGCGCUCGCGGCGCUAAAGGAUCACCAUAAGGACGAAUCGUACAUUUCAUU